AUGAAGGACCAGGUCAACUACUCGCUUUACCUCGUGACUGACUCGACAGAAGCCAUCCUGGGCUCGAGAGAUCUUGUCGAGGUUGUUGAACAGGCCUUGCUUGGAGGCGUGACAAUCGUCCAAUACAGAGACAAAUCUUCAGACACUGGCAUCCUCAUCUCAACAGCAAAGAAGCUCCAUGAGAAGUGCAAACAACACAACAUCCCCCUCCUCAUCAACGACAGAGUCGACGUCGCCCUCGCCGUGGGCUGCGAAGGCGUGCAUCUCGGCCAAGAUGACAUGAACAUCAGCGAAGCACGCCGCAUUCUGGGGGAGGACAAGAUCAUCGGUGCAACAGUAUCGUCCAUCGAGGAAGCCCGAGUUGCGGUUGUGCGGGGUGCAGACUACCUAGGUAUUGGAACUCUCUACGCCACAAACACGAAGAAGAACACAAAAGACAUCAUAGGCAUCAAUGGGAUCCGGAAGAUCCUACGAUUCCUCGACACCGCAGACGAAGCGUCCAAAGCCGUAAAGACAGUAUGCAUAGGCGGCGUCAACGCAUCCAACCUCCAGCGCAUCAUCUACCAACUCUCUGCCCCUUCUCCAACUGCCUCAAAACCAAAGACGAUCGAUGGCGUCGCAAUCGUAUCUGCCAUCGUCGGCGCGCCAAAUCCUAAAGAAGCAUCCAAGCACCUCUUCCAACUCCUCGUAUCCCCGCCGCCAUUCAAAGCCACGUCCAACGAACCACACUUCUGGCUCGAAAAGGACGAAGAUGAAGUCACGCACCUACUCGCCGAAGCCAUCAAGGCCACAAAAGCCGUGCGAGACAAGAGUCCCCUAUCCCACAACAUGACGAAUCUAGUCGUGCAAAACUUCGCCGCAAACGUCGCCCUCGCCAUCGGCGCAUCGCCCAUCAUGGCAAACUACGGCGCCGAAGCACCGGACCUGUCUAAACUAGGCGGCGCCCUCGUAAUAAACAUGGGCACCGUGACGCCCGACGGUCUGCUGAAUUACAAGCAAGCCAUCGCCGCGUACAAUGCUGCGGGUGGUCCCAUCGUGCUUGAUCCCGUCGGCGCAGGCGCGACGAGCGUGCGGAGAGAUGCACUGCAAUCGUUGAUGGCGACGAGCUACUUCGACGUAAUCAAAGGCAACGAGCGCGAGAUCCUGCAAGUUGCGCGCGCAAGCGGACUUACGCUGCAAUCUGAAGGUUCUGGUAGUAGUCAACAGCGCGGCGUAGACAGCGGAAAAGCACUCUUCUCCCUCCCCGAAAAAGCAUACGUAGUCUCCCUCCUCGCGCGCCGCGAACGCAAUGUAGUCCUCAUGACGGGCGCAACGGACUUCAUCAGCGACGGGACGCGUACAUAUGCGCUUUCCAACGGGCAUGCGUAUCUCGGGUUGAUAACAGGGAGUGGGUGUACAUUGGGGACUACCAUUUCCGCCUACAUUGCUGCGAGUCCGGGGGAUAAAUUACUUGCUGCUGUCGCGGGUGUGCUGCAUUAUGAGAUUGCGGCGGAAAUGGCGGCGGUCAGAGGGGAUGUCAAGGGCCCGGGGACGUUUGUGCCGGCUUUCCUUGAUGAGUUGUAUAAUGUAAGUGUGGCUGUUGGGGAGGGCAAGGAGGAUUGGACUGGUGUGGCAAAGGUGCAGUGUAUAAAGGACGUGGUGGAUGCUGGGCUGUUGAAGGAGCUGUAA